AAUGAAGACACUAAUGUUUCAAUUUCAUUUCCUUGUCCUGCGUUGGAGCUGCGGUCGGCUGCUAUGCAACCUGGAAGGGCGUGAAUCGUCACUUUAGGAGGGUGACAGUGAGAGGCAGCCAGGACAGCAUCAUCUACUGUCACCUUGCAGCUGGCGGCCCACCACAAUGCAACAAGUUUUGGAAUAUGCAUUAGAUCGAGCCGAGUACAUAGUUGAAAGUGCUCGCCAGCGACCUGCCAGGAGAAGGCUUUCCUCUGGUGGGAGGAAGAGUUUGUAUCAAAAGCUCUACGAACUUUACAUAGAAGAAUGUGAGAAGGAGCCAGAGUUAAAGAACUUGAGGAGAAAUGUGAAUCUGCUGGAGAAGCUGGUGUCUCAGGAGUCAGUCUCAUGUCUGGUAGUCAACUUGUAUCCGGGCAACGAAGGCUACUCGCUCAUGCUCAGGGGCAAAAAUGGAUCCGAUUCAGAAACGAUUCGUUUGCCGUAUGAAGAGCGAGAGCUGUUGGAGUACCUGGAUGCUGAAGAGUUGCCUCCUGUUCUGGUAGACCUGCUGGAGAAGUCACAGGUGAACAUUUUCCACUGUGGCUGCGUCAUAGUAGAGGUGAGAGACUACAGGCAGUGUGCCAACACCAAGAUGCCCUCCUACCAGAGCAGACAUGUGCUGCUCCGGCCCACCAUGCAGACUCUUGUUUGUGACGUCCACGCCAUGACCAGUGACCACCACAAGUGGACACAGGACGACAAGUUACAGCUGGAGAGCCAGCUGAUUUUGGCCACGGCCGAGCCUCUGUGCCUGGAGCCCUCCAUCUCUGUCACCUGUACCUCCAACCGGUUGCUCUACAACAAGCAAAAAAUGAACACCCGCUCCAUGAAACGGUGCUUCAAGAGGCACUCUCGAGCGGCACUCAACCGCCAGCAGGAGAUGUCCCAGCUACCCACGCCACCCCAGCUCCGCCUCUAUGACUACCUGCAGAAGAGGAAGGAGAGGAAAGCUGCUCCCGCCAUCGACCUGAAGAUCUCCAAGAUCGGAAACUGUGUGGACAUGUGGCGACAGAACAACUGCCAGCUCAGUGUGCCCAAAGAAAUCGACGUGGAGAAGUUCGCUGUGGUGGAGAAAUCGCUGCAGCUGGAAGAUUCUCAGCCCACGACUGUGAUAUGGCCCGCUGAGGAAGUCGUUGACGACUACACCUUUGAGUGUGAGGUCGGGGGUCAAGCUCAGAGGACCAAGGUGUCCAUCUUCCAGUCGCCAGGUGACCCGCUGGUGUACGGCAAGAUCUACUGUACGAAGGACACAAAAACCGAGGAAGACGGUGCCGACCUGAAGCUCAUACAUCCCCCGUUCCUCAUUGGUUCCAAGAUCGAUGCGGACAGGUUUCUCACACAGUACAAAGGUGUGUACGAGAAAGAUGUCAAGUGUCAGGUCAAGAUGUCCCACAACUCAGGCAGCCUGGCGCCGACGCCUCCCUCCCCCGCCAAGGAUGAGAGUGAUGGCUUUUCUCCACUCAUCCAGAUGUCCGUGUUGGGAAAAGGGGUUAAGCAUCGGCCUCCUCCCAUCAAACUGCCGCCGGAAUCAGGCAGCAGCUCCUCAGGUAAUCCAUAUGGUUCCCAAGCCACCAGUGGUCUUCUCAAGUGUCCUACGCCCCCCCCUGUCAAAGGCCAGCCUCUGAACAGGAAGCACUCCAUGGAUCUGGGUCAAGUGGGCCUGUUGUCACCUGCCUCGCUUUCGCCAAUGAGCUCCACGCAGAGAUCAGGCACCCCCACAAACACACCAUGUUCAACACCACAUCCCGCCGACUCUCUCGGCGCACCCCUCUCUGUGACGCCAACCCCCUCAGAGUCUUCAGCGCUUCAGAGCCAGUCGCAACCCGCCCUCCUCACGCCAUUCGCCCAGCAGCAGCUUGCCCUCAGUCAGCCUCUGCCCGUCAUGACCAUCCCCUUGCCCACCAUGGGCACGUCCAUCACCACGGGAACCACCUCGUCACAGGUCAUGGCCAACCCAGCCGGCCUCAACUUUAUCAAUGUGGUCAGCUCUGUCUGCAACCCCCAGACGCUGAUGAGCAGCUCCAACCCCAUGCUCGGUCCCGGCCUGAACCUGGGUGGAAUUCUGCCAUCUGGAGGCCUAAUGCCCUCUAUGCAGCCGGCCACACAGACCGGGAGUCACUUUGGCCUGAACAGCAGCACGGGGCUGAGGCCGCUGAACCUGCUGCAGAUCCCCACCGGUCCUCUCAUCUUUAAUCCUGUGCAGCAGCAGCAGCUCUCUCAGUUCUCCCCGCAGAGUCAGUCAGCCACUUCCAGCCCUCAGCAGCAGGGGGAGACGGGCGAUCAGGGCACAGAUCCAAGUUUAGGAAACCAGCAAACUGCUGUCAUCAACUUGGGCGUCGGCGGUUUCAUGUCUCCGCAGGCAGCAGUGCUGUCCCAGUUGGGCUGUGGGCUGGACGGGUCUGGGCCCCCGCUGCCUUCUUCGAGGCUUCAGCAGCAGCACCAGCCUCAGAUCCAAUUGCAAUUCUUGCAGCACCAAAUGCAGCAGCAGCAAAUGGCUAUGGCGGCGGCAGCUCCUCCGGCGGGAGCGGGCAGGCCGCAUACCGCCAACCAAGCAAGAAGUAGGAGGAAGAGGAGCACGCCGCAGCCCCUCCCCAAACCUCGCCAGGCUGAAACGCUGCCCCCAGCGACACAAAGACGUGAAUGAUCCGCUCUGUGCUCAUUUUUAGAUGUGCGGCAGUUGAAGGACCUUGGUGAUAUUUUUGACACAGAAGAUUCUAGUAGCUGAAUACUUCUCCCGCACCACCCAGGAAGGCUUUUCUCCACAAAAGGACCGACAGGAUCGUCCCCGCACAUUCUCGGAGGAUUCCUCGCCUGCUCCUCCCGCCGGUAGAACUUGCCCUUCAAGCACAGAACCCGGGAAGAGCUCAGUAGACACCAAAUCUUCCGCAGAACAUGUGAAACUGAUCCUGGAGCAGCAGCCUGGGGGAAGCCGUCUACCUCUCAGUCUGCUGGAAGCCGUCGCUGUGCGCAAGACUGUCUCACAGCUUUUGUACAGCACCGCUGGAUUUGGACCCGCGCGCGUGAGUGUGAGACAUUUGUGGACACUUAAGAAAUAAUUUUUUAAAGCAGUCUUUGUCAGCAGUUUUAUUGUUAUUAAAAAAAGAAUAUAUAUUGACAGUGAAAAUACAGCUUUUAGAUAAAA